UGCGAGGACGCGGUUCGCACCCGGCCGCGCGGCAGCCGGUGCCUGCCCACUGCCCUGUGCCAGCGCCUAUGUCCAGCAGGGGGCGCGCAGCGGCGGUAGCCGAGCGAGGGCGCGGCGGCUCUGACAGGAAUGGCUGUGCGCACGUGCGGUUCACAGCGGUGGAAGUCUUCACAUCUGGAAAUUUGACUUUGGCCCUUUCUCUAUUUCUCCUUAUGCACUCUUUCCUUGGGCCCUCGUCACUCCUGGCACCGAGGGAAGCGCUUCCCCGCCUCUGGCCGGGCGCUGAGGCACGACCGAAAGCGAGGCGGCGGCAAGGAACCUUCUGGAAUUCGGCCGUCGGGGCAGGCGUCGAGUUUACAGGAAAAGACGCAGUGUCCCAGGAUGGGCGGAGUCGCCCUCAGUUGAGGAGCGAGGGAGGCUUCGGGGGUCGCCAGCCGGUUUUAGGCUAUUCUUCAGUGCCUUUGUUUGAACAUUGUAUAAUUGAUGAUCUCAAAGCUUUCUAUAUAUUGGAAUUGUUUUUGACCAUAGCAUCAAUAACAGCAAUGGAUCUUUGCCACUUGCGGUUAAUUAUAAAUUGCGCUUCAGUUACUUUCAGAAGAAUUUUAUACCGGGGAAGAAUGUAUUUUUUCAAGAUGACAAAGAAGGCUGGUGCACAUCCUUUCUUUACCCUCCCAAUCCAUGCCAAGAACGCUGGGAAUUUCCAUUUGCUGAUGGGGAAGUCCUGUUGAAGGGCCUGUCGCGUCAGAAGUGCCCUGAAGAAGUCAAGCAGAUGCUGCACAUCAUCGGCCUGGAGGACAAGUGGAACUCACGGAGCCGCUUCCCGAGCGGGGGCAUGAGGCGCAAGCUCUCUAUCGGCAUCGCCCUCAUCGCAGGCUCCAAAGUGCGGCGGUGGGACUGGAGGCAGUGGGCUCCCCUGCUGCUCGACCUGGGCUGGCCCUUCUGCCAUGGCCCAGGCACCUUGGCCCUUGACUCCCCAGACAAGGCCAUCACCAUCUUUGGAGGACUCAAGCUGACUCUGUGAACCCCUUGAUGGGGCCUACCACAAGGCCAGCCUGGGGUGUGGCUCUACCAGCAUCAUGAGGCUGUGUCUCUGCCUCCAGGUGCUGAUACUGGACGAGCCCACCUCGGGCAUGGAUGCCAUCUCCAGGAGGGCCAUCUGGGAUCUUCUGCAACAGCAGAAAAGUAACCGCACCAUCUUGCUGACCACCCACUUCAUGGACGAGGCUGACCUGCUGGGAGACCGCAUCGCCAUCAUGGCCAAGGGGGAGCUGCAGUGCUGCGGGUCCUCACUGUUCCUCAAGCAGAAAUACAGUGCAGGAUAUUAUAUAACUUCACUGAAAAAACCUAAUUGUGAUACGGAGAACAUCUCUCAUCUGAUUUAUCAUCACAUACCAAACGCAAUUUUGGCAUCCAGCAUUGGAGAGGAAUUGACAUUCAUACUUCCUAAAGACAGCGUACAGAGGUUUGAAUCUCUAUUUACUGACUUGGAACUGAGACAGGUAGACCUGGGCAUCUCCAGCUUUGGGGCCUCUGUCACCGCCAUGGAGGAUGUCUUCAUAAGGGGUUGUAUGUUGGCAGAUCCAGAUCUUCUCAAUACAGACUGGGCUGCCAAUCAGACCAAACGCUGGGAUCUACAUCAACAAGGUGACCUGCUGUCUGUGAACAAAGUGUCCUUACUGCAAGCACAAGAAUGCUCUGGCCUUCUUGGCAUCACUGGGGCUGAGAAGUCUUCCAUUUUCAAAAUGCUGACUGGGCAGAAGGCCAUAACCUCCGGGGACGACUUUGUCAAGGUCCUCAGCAUCAGCUCUGAUGUAGGGAAGAUACGGCGGUGGAUUGGUUACUGUCCUCAGUUUGAUGCUCUGCUGAACUUCAUGACAGGCCGUGAGAUGCUGGUCAUGUAUGCCCGGAUCUGGGGCAUCCCAAAGCACCACAUCACUGCUUGUGUGGACCAGAUUCUUGAGGAUUUAGUCAGCAGUGGUAACAAGCAGAAGCUGAGCACUGGCAUCGCCCUGAUCAGAGAGCCUGCCGUCAUCUUCCUGGACGAGCCGUCCUCUGGCAUGGACCCCACGGCCUGGCACCUGCUUUGGAAUGCUGUGGCAUGAGCCGGCAAGUCCGGCAAAGCCAUCAUCAUCACCUCCUACAGGCAGCAUCCUCGAAGACAAGCACCAAGGCAUGGUCCAUGACCACCUGCUGGGCCAAGACCUCAGCUGGGCAAAGAUGUUUGGCACUCUAGAGCAAGCCAAGAAGAAGUACAUGCUGGACAAUUAGUCAGCUCACCAUGGAGGUCAUCUUCCUGAGCUUUGCCUGCCCUGUGCCCCUGGUCCAAAGUGAAGACCAAUGACAGCAAGCAGAGCAAGCGGGCUCCUCAUCGUGCUCGCUGCCUCCCUCCCUGCCUCCCUCUCAGCUUUUCUCUCAGCCUCCCUCCCUACCUUCCUCAGAGCCUGUCCUGCUGUAAUUAAGACAGACCAGUGCCAGGUUGGCCCAGGUGUGCAUGGCCUGCCCUGGGUCUCCAGGGCUUACAGAGGCAGCUCUCAGCCCAGCUAGCUCAGCACAGGGCUCUCCCCCUAACUGCAGUGCACGGAGCAGAGUGGGGCCCACUGGAGAACUUAAGAGGCCCGCUGGGGAACCCAGGUGCGUUUCCUUAGAAAGGGAUGCCCGAGUCCCACCUGAGUAGCCUGUGGUCUUGUUGAGACCUGGCUGUGGAAGCAGCCUCAGAAUAUCUUGCACAUCCUUUCCAAAGGCGGCGGCCAGGGAGUGACCACAGUAGUAACCAUGACCCGACCAGGUGCCAGCUCUGUGGACGGUCCCCUGCAGGCAUCAUGUCAUUUGAUCACACCACCCUCAGGCCCGGCCUGAAGGGGACUGUCCUGGUCAUCCCCUUGCUCAUGGGCAAGAAGUCUGCAGGGCAGAGGGAAAUGCUUACCCAAAGCUUGCGUUCUUCCUUCUCUAGAAUCCCCUGCCCAGAUAAUUUGUCCGUCCAGUGCACUCCCUCCCAGGGCAGGCCAUGCUGCCCGAUGCACCCUGAGACGCGAGGUGCAGCAAAGCAGCAGCUCUGCAGAACUGCGGGUGGAGUUUGGAUGGGUGCAUGGGGGUUUCCACACAGAUGUGCAGAUCCCUUGGAAAGCAGGAUAGAGCCAGAAACAGAGAGGAGGGUGCCCAUAGGCCAGGGUGGGGCUGGCUCCCAUGGUCACAUGGAAGAGUGGAGCUUCAUGGAGACCAUGAUUCUAAACUCACACCUGGCCUCCCAGGUGGUAAUGACACUGUUCUUCUGAAGGAAGGAGGAAAGAAAUAUUGACAAGCUUGCUAG